AUGAUUAGGGACGCCUUUCUUGGAUCGGUUUCCAAUCAACUACUGACAACUACCCUGCACUGUCUGCAGUUGUUUCUAUUCCACGUUGUUCUUCGUCGACCGGAACUUGGCUACAGCGUCGCCCAGAAAUUGCCUCCUCUUGAUCAAUUUGUGAAAGACUUUGUUCUCUGCAUGGUAGCACGGGAGAUCAUCUACUACUAUUCUCAUCGGCUCCUACAUCACCCAUUUUUCUACACGCGAUUUCACCGGCAGCAUCAUCGAUUCCGCGUCCCGGUAGCUAUGGCGACUUUGUAUGCGCACCCUGUUGAGCAUAUUGUCACCAACAUUCUCCCAAUCGCUUGGCCUGCACGUCUCUUCAACGUUCAUAUUGUGACACUGUGGGCUUUUGUUGGAGCUGUGGGUCUCAAGGCCGCCCUCGCCCAUAGCGGAUACCGGCUAUGGGAGACACCUGAUGGGUGGAAGCCCGAGGUACAUGACUUGCAUCACGAGUUGAUGACUGUGAACUAUGGGUUGAUUGGCUUGAUGGAUCGAGUUCAUGGAACCCGUGCAACUGAGAAGCCAAAAAGACGCUAG